UGAAUAGAAGACAAAACCAAUUGAUGUCUUCUAACGUUCAGAUACAUGAUAAAAUCGAAUCGGUCGUAUGUACCAAAGACAGGGUCUGCAUACCAUUGGUGCCUAAAGUUAAUGAAAAUCGUGAAUUUGUUUCUAAGUGAUUAAUUUGCCAAGCCAGAUUUUAGAGGAUAUUUAUAGGAAAUAACUCAACAAUUUAUACAUAUUAUAUAUAUUAUACAUAUAAAUAUAUAUAUAUAAAUAUAUAUAAAUAUAUAUAUAUAUAUUUUUAAUGUUACAUAAUUUCUACGCACUACGUCGAGCACACGAUGCGUCUAAAUUAUUUAUGUCUCAUCAUUUUAAACAUGCGUGUUACAUCUCGUUGAUAGAUAACACCAUAUGUGAUUGUUAUUACUAUAAUUUUACUACAAUAAAGCCAUUAUACCAUUAUUAUAGACGGCGAGCUUGAAUUCGACGUUUAAAUGCUUUUCUACGUGUAGAUUAUUACUAAGUUGUAGUAUUAAAAAUACUGUGUUUCCGAGCUCGCUUGGCUGCAACAACUGCAAAACAAACCUCCUUUUAUACUAUUACCGAUUUUUCUUUUUUCCUAUUCGCUUCCUCGAUGUUUCACGUGCGACCAGUCCCAAGUGAAUAAUGUUGGAGGACUAUAAUUAACAGCGUUUCAGGUGCGAAGAAAGUAUGCUGUUAAUUUCGCUACAAGUUGUAUGUUUGAACGCGUUUCUUUUUCUAACGAAAUCAUUUCGUUUCGUUGAUCUCCAUAUUUUUCUAACGAUUAAAAGAAGUGAUCAUUUUUUCGAAGGAAGGGGCGACGUGCAACCAGUAUUGAACAUCAUAGGCCCGUAAAAUAGUAUUUGGAAUAGAAGAUGAUAACGUUUCUUGGCGCUUAAUUUUAAAGAUUACCGACUACUAAAAUUUAAUAUAUGUUUUUUCGUUUAAUAGCUCGGAUAUCUUCGAAUAACUGUUAGAAUUAAAAUCAGCAUACAUCACUUUUCUAUUUCAAAUGCAGUUUUAUUUGUAAUAUGUUGUACGCGUAAAGAAAAUGACGUUUGCUAUCCGAAGAAAGUUUUUCGUUAAAUCUUCCAAAUUCAUCAGAAUCCCGUAACUCUAUCAUUUUGCGGAUCAUAGCAAUAAUUAAAAUAUCGACGUUCUUAAGUGAUACUUUAUCAUUUGCAUUGUAUAUAAUAUGUACACGUGUGGAACACUCGAUAACGCGUGUAUAGACGGAAUUCGACUAUAAUGUUGCGACUAGUUUGCGUGAUUCUCACCGUAUUUCGAUGAGCGUUUUCUACGUUGUAAAAAUGUUGUUCUGUUGGACGUAAUAAUUAUUGUAACAAUAUCGGUUGUAUUGAUAUGUACGACAACGGAUAAAAAAGAACGAGGAAGUUUCUUAAACGCGUUACAUAUCUAUAAGCGUAUGUAACAUUACGUAUUUUAUAUAAAUUAAGUUUCUUUAAUUGUGUUUGUUAAAUGUUCGGAUCAAGAGAGAAAGGGUGAGCGAGAGGGAGAGAGAGAAAGAGACGAAGAUGAAACGAAAACUAUGGUUGAAAUAUAUUUCAUAAUGAAGAUUAUAAAAGAAAGACUCGUAAAUCGACGACGAUUAAUGGCGAUUCAAGAAGAAAUUAAGUUAAUCGCGAGAUAAAAGAUCUUGACAUAUCCGGUCACGAUUGUUAAGUUUUCUAUAUGUAACGAAAUAAUUUAGACACCUUUAUAGAUUAUCGACAUAUGUGAUUAACAGUAUACCAAUUUUGAAAAGUAACUCACGGACAGGUAUCGAAUAAAAUUAACGGAAUCGUUAUAAUUGUGUAAUUUCGAAUACAUUGUAAAAAUUUGAUGAAGAAACACGUAUGAAAUGAUUUAUAAAUCCCUCCUUCUCUGCACAGGACUAGACAUUCGUAAAUUAAGUUUGAAUAUUUUUAGUCGAAUAAAGGAAAAAACGAAAAUUAUGUAAAGCUCUACUGCAUAUAUGUGUGUAAAGCAUUCAAUCAUCGUUUCCGACAACUAUGUGAAGUUACGACAGCGACAUGUGAAAAUUUUCCAGUAGUUGCAAUAAAAUAAAGAAAUUUUUAUAAAUAUAUUGAACAAAGGGACAAUUUCAUUCAAUGUCAUAUUCAAUAAUUAUAACUACAAAAUAUAAGUAUAAUGAUGUCGACUUACAAAAUUUCGAGUAGAUUUUCAAUAAAUCGUCCAAGAAUCUAGAAUAACAACAAAUCUAUGGUAUUUAUCAAAAGCUGUGACCAGUAAUUAUAGUCAUCUCUAAAAUUUUUAUACGUGUCGUCGACAAGAAAGUAAUUUUUGUUUAAAUGGAAGGCAAUCAUCACUCUACUCACAUUAAAGGAAUUUUUCAGAAAAUUCAAAGAUCAAUAUUUCAUUGGUUACCGGUUGCUGAUAAGCAUUUAUAAUGGAAUUCUGUCGACAACUAUUCCUUUCUUAUCGACUGCGACACUCUUCCUUAUCGGUCACUGUACGCAUGCGUAGAUGUUAUUCGGAUGCUGAAAUUGGGCGCAUUUCAAAAUUUCUAAACACGCGCAUACGUUACGAACAUCUUCUUUAAUUCGCAUAUAGUAAAGUAGAGGGAGACAAAGGCGCGUAAAAAACUUCAUUGUUGUAGCGUGAACGUGGUUCAGUAUUAAAAUGGAAGCGUCAAUUAUUGCUGCUACUAAUGUGACGAAUAUUGCAGAUUGUGUGUUAGAACUGGUGUCAAAUUCUUUAUCCGCCAACGCUACAGCAAUUGCAAUACGAUUUCACAUUGAACAACGUAAAAUUCAAGUAAUAGACAAUGGUAUAGGAAUACCGAAAAUGCGAUUAAAUGUGAUGGCAGAAUACAAUAAUGAAACUUCUUUGAAUUAUUCAAAUAUAUAUAAUUUAUGCAGUUGGAGAAAGCAUACGAUUAUUAACAUUCGUAGAUUGUCUAAUGCUAUGAUAAUAACAUCUAGAUAUUAUUUGUCACGUAAAACAUAUAUGAAGAUUUUCAAAGUAAACUGUGAACCAAGAAUUAUUAAAAUUGAAAGAAGACCUUCUCAAGGUACUACAGUAAGCAUUCAUGGAUUCCAUGAGUUAUCCUUAAAUAAAUGGAAUAUAACUUUCAUGUAUCAUUUGAUUGGAAACAUUGCCAUAGCCAAUCCUCAGACUUCAUUCACCAUAAGAGAUGAUCAUCAAAAGAAAAUUAACAUGAUAAUCACUAAGCCACACAAUCCAAUAUAUGUUUUUAAGUCAUUAUAUAGUUUAGAAGUGUUACUUCAUAAAAUAUGGUAUAUAAGAUGUAUGAAGAAGCCUAAUAUCAAAUACUGUGCAUACAUUGGAUUAGCUGAUUCUAAAGAUACAGCUUCUCAAUAUAUUUUUCUAAAUAAUAAACUUGUUCAUUGUCCCUUAAUCUUAAAAAUAAUUUCAACUACUUUCAUUAAUACAUUAAAGUUCUUCGAAAGACAACAAUAUGAACAUAUACCAAAGAAAGAGGCAGUUUUCAUUUUACUAUUUCUUGUGUGUAAUAAUUAUACUUUUACUAUUGAAAAUAAGAAGCGAACUUUAAUAUUUUCUAAUAUACAAGAUUUAAUGGAAUGUAUUAGGAGCAAAAUAUUACAUAUUUUUACAAGAGGUAUUAAACCUUUAUGUGAAGAAGAAUUUAGAAAAGAUAAUGAAACACGGUUGACUGCAGGAGAUUUAGUUACACCUGUUUCACAAACUGAUAAUCUUAACAAAAACAGUAUGCAGUUAACUCUUUCUGAAUGGUCUAAUUGGUCUUAUCCUAAGGAUUCGAAACAACUAGAAAAUGAUUCGCUAAAAUUCUAUAAGCAUUUUGAUUUCCUGCCAGAAAAAUUGCAUAAAUUACUACGUGGAAACACAAAAUUGAUAAAAACAGACAUUUUAAAUAAAUAUAACGGAAGUGUAUGUUCAAUCAAAUUGAAAUCUGGAUUGCAGAAUAUAUUGCCUCAUCAAGAACUUGACAUACGUCCAUGUAAACCUGUCCAGCGAUUUCAUGAAUUCACUUUAAAUAAGAAAGUUUUGAAACUUAUUAAAGUAUUAGGUCAAAUAAAUAAUGAACUGAUAGUAGGUUUAAUAACCCAAAAUAAUAUGAAGAUGCUUUUAUUAAUGGAUCAACAUGCAAUUCAUGAAAGAAUUAGAUAUGAGCAUUUGCUUUACGGAUAUGAAUCACAGAUAAGAACUCAAUUGUUUUCCAUCAAAUUAAAAGAUCCUAUAAUCAUACAACUUCCUGCGAGUAGCUGCAAUUUACUCUUAUCUAAUAAUAUGAUAUUAAAAAAGUUUGGUAUAACUUUUAGUGUGAUAGAUAAUAACACAGUAAUGAUACGUGCAGUGCCAGAAUGUUUAAGGAAGAACAAAUACUAUCAUGAUGAAUUAAAACUAAAGUUAAAAGUACAGAAUCUUUUAAACGAAUUAGUACAAAACUUUCCAAGUUAUGAUAGCAAUUAUUCAACCAACAUUUUACCAUUUACCAUUCACAACGCAAUUGCAAUGGAAGCAUGCCAUGGUAUGUUCUUUCUUUCUUUUUCAUUUAUAAUUUUGUAAACAAUUUAAUAAACAAAAUAUACAACAUGUAAAGUAUAAAUAGAUAGAGUAUAUAUUUUUCAGCAGAAAAUAUCAAUAGAAUAAUAAUCUCAUCUUUUUGUACAUUAUAACAUUAUAUUCACUACCAUUUAAUGAAAAGUAUUUUAGGAGCUAUAAAAUUCGGAGAUCCACUUUCAUUAAAAGAAUGUAAGCGGCUUUUGAAAUUACUAAACAAGACGAAGAUACCUACUCAAUGUGCUCAUGGACGACCAUCCAUAAUACCUCUUUUGGAACUAACAGAUUUAGAAAGACGCCAUAUAAAAAUCGUUCGGGUAAGUAAUACAUUUUUCGUAUGCUAUAUAUUAAAUAAAGGGGAACUCAUUUAUAGAUUCAUUCACUUGCAACAAUUUAAAUUCUGUUCUACAUAUUUUUAUCAAAUUUUUUAAUUCUUCUCAGUGAAAUUGCGUAAGUCAGUAUUACAUUAGCUAACAUAUAAUGUAAAAUCUAUUAAAUGUUAUAAAAUGCAGAUUUUAUUUCAACUAAACUAAACGUCAGGAUAU